AUGGAUCUCCUUAAAGAAACAGGAAUGACUGGUUGUAAACUUGUAGACACCCCUACAGAGUAUAAUGCCAAACUAAGUAAUGUUAACAAUGGAGAUCCUGUCAAUAAAGAAAGAUAUCAACAAUUAGUCGGGAAGUUGAUAUAUUUAUCUCAUACGAGACUUGAUAUAUCUUAUGUCGUGAAUGUUGUCAGUCAGUUCAUGCAAGCUAUGACAGCCGUUGAACGUAUUCUACAAUAUCUAAAGGGCACUUCUGGUAAAGGCCUUUUGUUCAGAAAGUCUGGUAAAUGUGACAUAGAAGCAUAUACUGAUUCAGACUGGGUUGAGUCUGCUAUUGAUAGAAAGUCUAUGUCUGGGUAUUGCACGUUUGUCUGGGGCAAUCUGGUCACUUGGAGAAGUAAAAAACAGGGAGUGGUUGCCAGAAGUAGUGCAGAAGCCGAGUAUAGAGCCUUGAGUCUGAGGAUAUGUGAAGAAAUCUGGUUGAAGAAAGUGUUGACAGAUCUUCGAUAA